AUGGUUCUCUGGCUGCAGCUCUGCUCUGGGCGGCCGGCUUGGCUAUCUUGUGAUCAGAAAUUUGGACAGAGCACGGCAAGAAUGGCUUCUCUCUGCCCAGUCUGGAAGGCUGGGAACUACCUGAAGAUUCCUGUCUGCACAUGCCUGACCUUCAGUUUGGUUCAGCUGGAACUGCUUCCGGAGUGCCCCGACACAGCCUCUCCACAAGGAGUGGGCUUCUCACUGCACAGCAGCUGGGCUCUGCAGGGGAGCAUCCUGGGAGCAAGAGAAGGUUCCAAGAAAACCAGGCAGAACCGCAUGACGUUUUCUGAGCUGGCUUUAGAAGACACACAGCAUCACUUCAGCAUACGCUACCGGUGGAAGCAGUCAGAUGCUUAUCCAGAUCACGGGGAGGGGGCCAAAGACCCUACCUCUCGCAGACAGGGGUGUCGAAGUAUUUGGGGGCUGUGUCUUAAAAUCCUGCAGUGA